AUGUCUCACGAAAGCGUCUGGAACUCUCGCCCCCGCAACUACGGCAAGGGCUCUCGCAGCUGCCGCGUCUGCAAGCACAAGGCUGGUCUGAUCCGCAAAUAUGAUCUGAACCUCUGCCGUCAGUGCUUCCGUGAGAAGUCCAAGGAUAUUGGCUUCGUCAAGGUAAGGGGCUAA